GUUUAAUGUAGGAUCCCCCAUGGAUCCACAUAUCUACUGCUCGAGUAGAGGACAGCUGACAUAGGACCAUUGCAGGUCAGUUUCAUAUGCAUGAAACUCGUUUCAUUUAGUAUAUUUAGUACAUACUAAUAUACAGAAAGCAACAUGCUGCUCAGAUCGCGCAGAAUUAACAAUGCAGUCAAUUCUUCUUUCUCGCCUUCUCCACCUCCACCAAGAGCUAACAAGAAAAAUACGAAGAAUGUAUUGCUGAAAAAGAGUAUUUCAAAAUCAACAGCCCAAAAUCAACCGACCAAAAUUGUUCGAAACCUUCGAUCAAGAAAAUGUAGUCCUUUAGUUAAUCAGACUCCAACAAUAGUGGCCCGUACUUCAAAGCGCCCAGUCAUAACACAUAAUAUCACAAAGACUACAAAAACCACGCCGGCCCCUACACCGACACCGACGCCGACGCCGAUGGCAACAACAUCAGCCAAGGAACAUGUCAAUUACUCAAAUUCUAUAUUGAUGAACCCUCCCUCACUUGAAAAUUAUAAUAUUACAAUCCCUCUCAGAUCUGAGCAUUACGACAUAUUUUCAAACUUUUUCAGUACCUGUGUCCAAUGCGAUGAAGAGUUUUUAUGUCACAUUAAGUUAAAAUUUCUUCUUGGUAAUCCUAGUGCUACAAGUGAUACGUUGUCUCAAGAGCUUAGUGAUAACAUCAGUAAAGAGUGCAUCAAUUAUGUCCGCUUACGGGUCAGCGAAGGAAAUUGUGACCAUGGGCAAGGCGAUGCCGGACCUUCGUCAAUGGAGUCUGGAUUUCUCGAAAGCUUGGUGAAAGUAGAAAUUUCAGAGAACAAUGAAUUUGUCGGGAUACCCAACGAUGCAUCGGCAGAAGUUAAGUCUGAACCAAUUAGUGAUCCACAACAAGUUAACGAAGAAGAUGAUGAACAAUUACUGUUACCAAAUCCAUUAUUUCAAUGUCCCAAUGUUCCACCCUCAGCCAGUGAACCCUGUGAAGAAGUCGAGGACGUACAAAUUAUAGGAAUUGGACGUGCUGUUGGAAUGGUGAUGACUUUUAAAUUUAAUAAUUCCUCAAGCCCAAUGCCAUCAUAUCCUGAGUCUCGAUCAGAUCCUCCUGCCAAACAAGUGUCCAACUCUUCGUCGAGAAUAAUAAUACGACGCCCAGGCCGCCGACAACUACCACCCCAACCACGAUAUGUACCUCAAGUAAUAAAUGGGGUUAAUGUUGCCGCAUUUCAGAGUAAAUUGAAUAAUUUGAGAAUGUGUGGCAUUUGUAACUAUCCUGCAAACGGUAUGGUUGAUCUAAACACGCACCAAAGAAUAGCUCACUCUUUGUACAAAGGAAAAGUUGCAGGCUUACCGAUUGCCAAAUAGAACAAUUAUUAUAAUAUUACCUAACUUAUGACUGUCUCAUUGUUUGGGUAUAAUAAAGUUUUAUCUCUUAAAAAAUGUUUAA